GAGCUGUUUUAAUCGAUAGGCAAUUUAGUCGCUUAAUCGUCGAAUCAUCAACAAUAUGAAGCUGCUCUCGAUUGCCUUUCUAUUGGGACUUUUGGCUUUGGCUAGUGCCAAUCCCCUGAGUCCUGGCAAUGUGAUUAUAAACGGCGACUGCAAAGUUUGCAAUAUACGCGGCGAUUAGAAUGUGAAUGUCAAAAUAUGAAAUAAACCAAAGUCACUGAAACACCAAAA